ACUGUCACCCCAGAAGAUGUGCUGUGUGACUCCUGCAUUGAGAUCCCGUGCCGGGCCCAGAAGUCCUGCCUCACCUGCCUGGUGUCGUACUGCGAGGCCCACCUCAGACCCCACCUGGAGAACCAGAGGUUCCAGAAUCACCGACUGGUGGAGCCCUUACAGGACAUUGAGUGUCGCACCUGUGAGGAGCACCGGCUAUCGCUUGAACUAUACUGCCUGACGGACGGCUGCGGUGUGUGUGUGUGCUGCGAGUGUGAGGGACAGGGGCAUCUGGGGCACAGUACUGUACCUGUAGAGGAGGCUCGAAGACAGAUCCAGACAGAGCUGCAGAAGAAACAAGGGGAGAUUAUGAAGACCGUCUCAGUGGCAGAGAAUUCCAUUGGCAAGCUACAGAGCAACACUGCAUCCAUAGAGAGCUCGGUGGCAGGGGUACGUGCUGUGAUGGAGCAGCAGUUCUAUCUGCUGCUAGGGGCCGUAGAAGAGGCCCGGAGGAGGGCCACGGAGGUUCUGGAGGGGGAGCAGAGGCAGGCGCUCAGCCAGGCCGAGGGCAUCCAGGCCCACCUGGAGCAGAAGAGCCAAGAGCUGAAGAAGACCCUGGCCAGAGUGGAGAGACUCUUCAGGAACAAGAGGGAUGUAGACUUCCUGCAGGAAUACUCUGAGUGGAAGACGGGGGCUGUGGAUGUCUGUCUGCCUGGGCUCUACGUCGGCCUCACAGAUCGCCUGGCCUCCUUCAGCUGCCUGCUCACUGAGUCCACCCAGGAACUGUGUGACCAGCUCAAGGCUACCUACAGGGACAAACUGAAGGACAUCUGCAGGACUGAGAAACUGGGCAUUACAACCAUGGUCCAUCCCAAGAUGUCAAAGUCUUUUUCACUGCCUGAGCCUGAGAUGCGAGACGACUUCCUCACGUAUGCCAACAGUCUGACCUUUGACCCAGACACUGUCCACAAGUUCCUGAGACUAACCGAAGACGACAGGAAGGUGACCAACACCACGCCCUGGCAGCACAGCUACCCAGACACGCCCGAACGCUUCGAGUACUGGCGCCAGGUGAUGACCUCAGAGAGCCUCUACCUGGGCCGACACUACUUUGAGGCAGAGCUGAGUGGGGAGGGCGUGCACGUGGGACUCACCUACAAGAGCAUCGACCGGAAAGGCGUGGAGAGAGGCAGCUGCAUCACAGGAAAUGACUUCUCGUGGAGCCUCGGAAGGGAGGGGCGGAGCUUUUCCACUUGGCAUGCUGAUAUGGAGGCGGUCGUGGAAGCCACAAAUGUGUUCAUGAGAAUCGGCGUCUACAUCGACUUUGACUCAGGCUCAUUAGCUUUCUAUGGUGUGACUGACAUCGCUAUGAUACUCCUCUACAGGUACAAGGCUGAGUUCAUGGAACCCUUGUAUCCUACUGUCUGGCUCUCAAAGAAGGACAGUGUGGUUUUAUUGGUUGGUCCUAAGGACCCCCCACUAAUGAAGAGCUCAACUCUGCCUGCCACCCCCAUCACUCCCAUGGCAACAUCAGCUCCUGUCAGUCCAGAAUCAUAAUACUUUGACUGCAGAAGUGUAGUUAGGUUAGAGAGGCGGACCAGUACACAUUUCUGUUACAAUAAAGUAUCUAUUCUAUUCAUAAGCAGUUGCCUUAAGUGACUGAUACUGUACUUAUUUAACAGGACACAGCAUCAAGUAUCACAAGACAACAGACAGGGACUUUACAGGGGGUAUCUGCACUCAUCCAGGACCUAUAUACUAGGCGGUGUCAAGAGGAAGGCCCAAAAAAUUCUCCAGAUUCCAGUCACCCAACUGAUAGACUGUUCUCUCUACUACCGCACGGCAAGCGGUACCGGAGCGCCAAGUCUAGGUCCAAAAGGCUCCUUAACAGCUUCUACCCCCAAGCUAUAAGACUGCUGAACAAUUCAUCAAAUAGCCACCCAGACUUUGUUUUUACACUGCUGCUACUCGCUGUUUAUUAUCUAUGUACAAAAUGACCUUGACUAACCUGUACCCCUGCACAUUGACUUGGUACCGGUACCCCCUGCACAUUGACUUGGUACCGGUACCCCCUGUAUAUAGCCCUGUUAUUGUUAUGUCAUUUUAUUGUGUUACUUUUUAUUUAACUUUUUACUUUAGUUUAUUUUAGUAAAUAUUUUCUUAACUCUAUUUCUUGAACUGCAUUGUUGGUUAAGGGCUUGUAAGUAAGCAUUUCACAGUAAGGUCUGGACCUGUUGUAUUCGGCGCAUGUGACAAGUAUAAUUUGAUUUGAUAUAGAACAAAACAUGACACUGAGGGAUUGAGUAAUAACCUUUAACUGCCCUUUUUAUUGGAACAGGUUAGCAUGUGACUGACUUGCUAACUACUGUGAUUGGUCUUUCAUAUGCAAAAACAUACUAUGUUUAUUUGACAUUGUGCUGAGUACUAACUACCAAGAUGAGUUCAAGGGCUGUCUUUCAUUGUUGUGUCAAUGUUCAAUCCAAUGUAAAUCAUAUUAACAAUGUGACAAAGCUUUUGUCAAAUCUUUUUAGAAUUGAUUUACAAAUAUGAAUUGCUUGACUUUUUAAAAUACCUAUUACUUAAUAUGAAAUUAAGCAUGAAACAUAUUAUUUUUACAUUUUAGAUACAUUACCUAAGAAACCAAAGAAAUUAUUCUCAUAAGAAUGUGCACAAAAUAUUUACAGAUACCAUGACACAGUCUCAGGCAGAGAAAUCGAUUGAGGUCUCGUUCUCAUCAUACGCAGGAUUAACAAAAUGCACACCUGACGGCGUCAGGGAGAUAGAGUUGGCGGCUUCAGUCCCAUAGAUACCUGGUACUUCGGGCAUCAUGGUGGGCUUGUCGAAGAUGGGGUUUUCAAAGCCGUGGUCCGUGAAGUCCCCUAUCUCCUCCUGGCUUCUCCUUAAGCUGCUCAGAGAAGGGAUGGAGAUGGUGGGCAUGGUUGGCAUUUUUAUGACGCCUCUGCGGAAGAGGACAGCCAGGAGGGGGAGACCAAUGACUACUAUCAGGAUGCCGAACACGGCUCCCACCACAACUCCUGCGUUGUCCCCUGCCCCGUCACCACUGGUGGCCCCAGAAGAGGCCUGGAACUCAGCCCCGGUUAUGCCCAGGUUUGAGCCUUGGGCUUGUACGUCCUUCAAUAUGUCCCGAGCCAGGGCCUCUGCCACCGCACCAGACUCCCCAUCCAGGAGCACGAUCUGGAUCUCAGCUGCAGCCGCACGUGGAAUCACCCCGAGGAAAUACUGAGAUUUGAGCACCUUGGACAUGCCUAGCUGAAUGGACUGGUACGAGGGCAGACCAAGGAAGAGGUGCUGCAGUCGAUUCCGAUAAGACUCAAGGAUGAAGCCUGAGGAAUACUGGAUGGUGACGAUGGCGCUGCACACGUCACAGCAGUGUCCUAUGGGGUACAGUGGCUUCUUACAGCUCAUAGGAGCGCAUGUCACAGUGCCGCAGAUCCUGUUGUGAUUCGCAGAGUUCCCACAGUCACAGCCAGAGGCAUCACUGCAGCCAGAAGCCCCGACGCUGGGGGAUGAGGUUCCAUGGAACUGCAGCCGGCCAGAGUGUGAGCCCAGAUAAUGGGUGAACUCCGAGCUGCUGCUGAACUUCUUCCCCAGAACGGACACACUCUGGACAGGGACGCUGGGCUGGUUGGAGGUGGUGUCCACGCGGAACGAGGAGCCAGCGCGGAACAACACGUUGUCAUACUGGCAGGGUACGCUCUCCUCGUGUACCGAGAACAGGAAGCGACCUUUCUCCAGGUCGUCUGAAGACUCUGCCGCCUGCCACAGCGCCGGGUCGAACCACUGCAGAGACUCUGCAUCUUUGAACUGGGCGGUGACGCCGGCCCCGCAACCGGGGUCCCCUCCAUUACUGACCGUGAAGCCACCCCCCGAGGGAAGGAUGAACUCUCCGUCCACCGGUAGCCGGAUCUCCUGGACAGAGUGGACCGUCUCCACAUACACAGACACUUUCCUCUGAGCCGAGAACUGCACUAUGUCGUUACCGCAGGGCACGGACCCUUUGUCCCAGUUGGUCUUGUUUUCAUAGUUAGUGUCGGGUAUCCACUGCUUGUACAGGGCGUCAGCUGCCCCGAACAGACAGAGACCGAGGAGAAGAAACCUGGCUGGUGUAUUUGGCAUCCUGAAUGCUUGUGACAGAAGUGGAUGAACUACGGGGUGACCUUUGUCUCUGGCAGUGUGACUGUCACAUGAGGGAGUGAGUGCACAGGUUCCCAGAUUAUGAAGUUGAUGAUCUCUGGUAGACUCAUCUUUACCAGCUGGUCACCAGCUUGGUCAAAGAUUAACUGCUGCUGCAGCCGCAGCAAUUACACUCCAAAAUAACAGUGUAGAUGUCUCUAUGAAAGAAAAGUGAUUUGAUUUAGGCCUACACCUUUUCAUAGCCUUUAUGCCUAAAAACUGUAUGGUGAAAACUGUAUAGUGUUAAAAAAAAUUGCAUCUACAGUAAAAGUAAAAGCCGCUAUAGUGAUGUUUCUUGUGACCAGCGGUGGAAUUGAUUUUUUUUUAAAGUCAUUGGGAACUCAUCAAUGUUAAAUCUAAACAUUCUAUGUAAAAAAAAAAAAAAAAAGAUUUGUCAAACUGUUCCCAUAUACUUACCAGUCAUUUAAGGCAGAGUUUCCCAAACUCGGUCCUGGGGCCCCUCCUGUGUGCACAUUUUGGUUUUUGCACUAGCACUACACAGCUGAUUUAAAAUAACCAACUCAUCAUCAAACGUUGAUUAAUUUAAUCAGCAUUGUAGUGCUAGGGCAAAAAACGAAAUGUGCAUACAGGACCGAGUUUGGGAAACCCUGGGCUGCGUUCAGUAUGUUUUUACGUUCUCGAACGUUCAAUUGAACAGAAACAUUUCUGUACUGAACGACCAGUUUAAAAACAGGGAGGGGUUGUGUGUUGGGAAGUACUGUCCGCAUGUCCACUGCCCUUUAAAAACGUCACUCAUUGCUUAAAGCCACACCCACCAAAUGGAAGCAAACCUUCAUAUUUCCAGUCAUUGGCGCAAACAUACCUCAAAGUCUGUUCAAUAACGUUUUGGAGAAACGUGUUGUUCAGAACUAAUCGUUCUGCAACGAUUGAACGCACCUCUGAUAUAGGGUCGUGUGGGCGCUAUACAUAUUGGUGAUGGAUUCUUUUAUUGGGGGUGAGACGCUUUGCAGAUGAUCAAGAUCUUUACAAAGUUGCAACCAGGCAAUUUAUUUUGCACCCAUGAGUGGGGUCCUUCAUACAAGCAUGUUUAUUGUUUACCUACACGUCAUCCGGAAGUGAGUGUCAAAGAUGAUGAGACUGGAUUCACAGGAGGCAGAUGCUCCACUCUUUGGUGACGAUGAUGAUGCCCCCACCGCCACCAGACAGAAGAAAUCAGAAAUCAAGCAUCCCCUGGCCACGUUCUUCCAUCUCUUCUUCCGCACCAGUGCCAUCUUAGUCUACCUACUGUGUGAAAUCCUGAGCAGUAGUUUCAUCGUCUGUAUGGUCACCAUCAUCCUCCUCCUUUCAUGUGACUUCUGGACAGUCAAGAAUGUGUCUGGCAGGUUGAUGGUGGGCCUCAGGUGGUGGAACCAGGUGGAUGAGGAUGGACAGAGCCACUGGGUGUUUGAGUCCAGACCAGUACGGUUGCAGUAUAGUCCAUGACUGUAUUUGUAUUUAUUACGGCUCCCCAUUAGCUGCUGCCAAUGCAGCUGCUACUCUGCUUGGGGUCCAAACACAUUAAGACACUUACAUAUAAAACAAAAGAUAAAACAGUACAUCAUAUAACCACUACAUAUCUACAAUACAAAAUGUAUAAUACCAUAUUACAAUAUACGUAUGUGCUAGUAUUUGUAUGCGUGUGUCUGUACAUUUGUGUGUCUCUUCACAGUUCCCACUGUUCCAUAAGGUGUAUUUUUAUCUAUAAAAAAAAAAAAGUCUGAUUCUACUGCUUGCAUCAGUUACCUGAUGUGGAAUAGAGUUCCAUGUAAUCAUGGCUCUAUGUAGUACUGUGCGCCUCCCAUAGUCUGUUCUGGACUUGGGGAUUGUGAAGAGACCUCUGGUGGCAUGUCUUGUGGGGUAUCCAUAGGUGUCUGAGCUGUGUGCUAGUAAUUUAAACAGAAAGAUCGGUACAUUCAGCUUGUCAACACUUCUUACAACAACAAGUAGUGAUGAAGUCAAUCUCUCACGCACUUUGAGCCAUGAGAGAUUUACAUGCAUAUCAUUAAUGUUAGCUCCCCGUGUACAUCCAAGGGCCAGGCAUGUUGCCCUGUUCUGAGCCAAUUGUAAUUUUACAAAGUCCCUCGUUGUGGCACCUGACUACACUAUUGAACAGUAGUCCAGGUGUGACAAAACUAAGGCCUGUAGGAGCUGCCUUGUUGAUAGUGUUGUUAAGAAGGCAGAACAGCACUUUAUUAUGGACAGACUUCUCCCCAUCUUAGCUACUGUUGUAUCAAUAUGUUUGGACCAUAACAAUUUACAAUCCAGGGUUACGCAAGCAGUUUAGUCACCUCAAUUUCCACAUUAUUCAUUACAAGAUUUAGUUGAGGUUUAGGGAUUGAUUUGUCCCAAAUACAAUGCUUUUAGUUUUAGAAAUAUUUAGGACUAAGUUAUUCCUUGCCACCCGUUCUGAAACUAGCUGCAGCUCUUUGUUAUGUGUUGCAGUUAUUUCAGUUGCCGUAGUAGCUGACGUGUUGAGUCAUCCUCAUACAUAGACACACUGGCUUUACUCAAAGACAGAGGCAUGUCGUUAGUAAAGAUUGAAAAAAGUAAGGGGUCUAAACAGCUGCCCUGGGGAAUUCCUGAUUCUACUUGGAUUAUGUUGGAGAGGCUUCCAUUAAAGAACACCCUCUGUGUUCUGUUAGACAAGUAACUCUUUAUCCACAAUGUAUCAGGGGGUGUAAAGCCAUUACACGUAUGUUUUUCCAGCAGCCGACUAUGAUCAAUAAUGUCAAAAGCCGCACUGAAGUCUAACAAAACAGCCCCCACAAUCUUUUUAUCAAUUUCUCUCAGGCAAUUUGUUUACUGUAAAAUAGCAUUGUAUCUGGUCAAGAAGGUUACUAAGGGUUGGUAACAGGCUGAGUGGAGUUGUAGUUGUGCCUGUCUAUUAGUUUAGUUUUCAUUUAUUUAUUCGCACCCACAAAAUAUAAGUGAAAGACAAACAGUGCCGAUAAACAACAAGGUGGGUUUGGAAAUCCAAGAGGGCUUAUAUUAAAAUUGCACCCCCCCAAAAAAAACGGUAUAUAGAAAAUCAGACUGUUCAAUCAAUUAAACAAAGCACAGAGUCUACGACUGAAAGAAUUGCAACAACUAAGACUUCUGUAGACACGUGCUUAAUUUUCCCAACUGUCUCUCUAGGCAACCAGUAGAAAAGUUCCAACCAACUCUGAAUCACAGAUCUUCUGGCUGGGUCUGGUUGUGUGUCCAGUCCUCUGGGUCAUCUUUGUGUUCAGUACUCUCUUCUCCUUCAAGUUUAAGUGGCUGGCAGUGGUGAUCAUGGGUGUGGCAUUGCAGUGGGCCAACCUGUAUGGAUAUGUGCGAUGCAAAGUAGGCGGGAAGACCAACUUGAGGAGCAUGGCAACCAACUACCUUGGCAGCCAGUUCUUCAAACAGGCAAUGGCCAAACAGGGACCUUAGAGGUGGAUGUGCAGAGAGAAGAAACAUUAGCAUUUCUGCUAAUGUAAUAUUUUAUGUUAUCAAGAGGAUCUUGCCUUGCUUUAACUGAGGCAUAGGCUACUGUUAUUUUUCUUAAUUCCUGUUGAACAGGUGGAAGGCAUCUCUCUUCUGAGGGCAAGGGGUUGUUUCCCACAGAGUCCUACAAACGAUGUAGUAUAAAACUAAGAGACUACUAGGCUUCUUUGUAUGUUUGAUUCAUUUGUUUUCCUGCUAAAUAUUCAAAAUACAACCUUGUUAAUGAUAACUGCUGAUUGUAAUAUAAGACAUUUGUAAAUAUUAUAUUGACAUAAAAUGUCUGGGUGAAUGAAUAAAAACAAAAGUGUGUGA